AUGGAGCAGAAGCCCGAAGACAUCACUUCCAAGGUCGACGAGAAGGUCGACGAGCAAGACUCGGAGAUUCCCGAAGGCGAGAUUCCCAAUUCCGAGGCCCCAAACUCUAAGACUCCUGGCGAGGAGGUUCCUAGUGGUGAGGCUGCUGGUGACGAAGAAGCAGUGUCGAAGGCUCCAGGCACCGAGGCCCUUAAGUCGAUGGCUCCUGGUGAGGAGGCUGCUGGCGAGUUGGCUGAACAGGCAAAGGAGAAGGUUGCCGAAGGGGAGCCUCUUCAUUAUCGCCAAUUCGAAUUAUUCGCUCGGAACUCAAACCCUCUGACCAAUACCCUCCUACUUCGAAAUUGA